AUGGUGGCGGAUACAUUUUACGAGGCUUCAUCCCAUUCGUCCAAUUGUGUUCUUUCUUCAACUCCUGUCGGUGAAUCAUCAUGGAAGGAUCUUGUCUUUUCGCCGAUUCAUAACUUUUUCAAUUGCAAAGAAGAAGUUUCGAUUUGCUGGGAAUGCCCAUCGCAGGCUUCAUGUAUCCCGGGGACUUCUUCCUGGAGUUGUGAGCCUGGGUAUGCGCCGGGGAGAUCUUGGGUUUUUUACCGCCCCGUUUGCUAUAUUGAUUACAAACAGCAAGGAGCAGUGGAUGCACUUGUGCUUGCCAUUGAAGAGCUUCUUCGCAGGGUCCUUGGCGAGCAUCUUUGUGCAGGCGGCGAUUUAGACUCUGCUCCCUUCAUCUCAUCGAUGAUGUUGGCUGAUCGCUUCAAGGCUCUUGAUGGCCCAUGGAGUGUUAAUCUGACGACCCCAACAAAUCCGAAUAUCCCUCCCGUCAUAAACUCGCAUCGCUUUGAAGCGUUUCUUGCUGCAGCUCUUUCCAGAAUCGCUGGCCGCCCAGAAAGCUUUGAAGUUAAAACUCUUCCUGUGGACCAGGAGCAGGAACAUCCAAAUCAGACCUGGUUCAGAGCACAUACGCCAUCUUUUUCGUUUGAAUGUCGUUUUAGGCUUUUCUGCAUGCGCCAUCGGCCAUUGAUUGCAAUUUUCACUGUGAUCGUCGCCAUUGCAAUUUGGAUCAAGCGAACCGUUUCCAGAAUGCGAUCUUUGAGCAAAGACGCCAAGCUGCUCAUGGAGACCGUGCUUGACAAGCUCAUACAACAGGACUUUCUAAACCGCCAAGACUCGACCAUGUUCCCUUCGUGCAUCCCGGUGGCCCAAUUGCGUGAUGCCCUCAUAUCUGGACCUACAUUUUCGCCCUCUUGUAACACAGAAUCAUAUAGGCGACAACUUUGGAAGGAGGUAUCGCGUCUCAUUCAUUCCAAUAGCAAUGUCCGCGAAUCGACAACUCUUAUCAGAGGCGAGCAGCACCGGGUAUGGGAAUGGAUUGGACCGGAGGUCCUCAAGGCCUCUGCUUCAUCUGGAGAUAUUUCGAUGUUUCGAAGAAGCCUCUCUUCUCCUGUCCGAUAA